GUCACAACAUAACCCAAAAAUAAAUGUGUUUUAUACCACGAGACAAGGCGAUUCUGGCGUUUGGACAAAUAAAAUUCAAUUAAAGUAAUAGCAAUGGUGUCCUCCAAGUCAAUUUUACAGAAUAACACAAAAAAAGAAAAUUUAAUCAAAAACAAAGUGGUAGACAAAAUAAAAAAGCCAAGGAAAAACAAAGUAAUGGAGAAAACUGAGGGAGAACAUAAAAGGAAAAAAGUUAGCAUCAAAGCUAUAAUUCAAGAUGAAAAAGUUGUCCAGAAGAAAAAAAAGGUUAAAUUUAUCAUGCCAUCAAAGUAUGUUACUGAAAGUAUUGUGGAAUCAUGUUUAAAUGCAAUAAAUCAAUUGGCUGCUAUCACAAAAAAGAAAAACGCUAUUUUUGAAGAUGAACAACCAAUUUUUGCGGAAAUCCACUGUAUAAAAAUUCAAACCUCUAAAGGAAACGUUAAAUUUGUGUUUCCUCAUAGUACAGCUUCCUCAUCUGGUGAGGUAUGCUUAAUUACACCAGACUUAAAGAAAGGCCGGAAAAUUGAUCAUGAACCCACAGUGGAUCAUUGGGAAGAAAUAUUAAGAAAUGCUGGUAUCACUUCAGUUAAAACUGUCCUUCCUAUGAGACAACUAAGAGUGGAGUAUGAUCAGUUUGAAUUAAAGCGAAGAUUGCUGACCCAACAUGACUUUAUUAUGGUAGAUACAAGAGUAUUAAACCAUGUCUCACACAUACUGGGAAAAAUGUUUUUCAAAAAGCAUAACAUGUUGAUUCCUGUGAGAUUAAAUGAAAAGAAAAAAGAUAUUAAAAUGGCAGUAGAUAUAGGAUUACGCACAUCUAUGUUACGACUUAGUGAAGGGCCUACAUCUGUAAUUUUGAUUGGUCACACAGGCAUGUCAAAAGAAAAUUUGAAAGAAAAUGUUCUUUCUCUAGUUAAACAAAUUCAAGAUAAAUAUCCAGGUGGUGAGGCUAAUAUAAGAUCUAUAGCCUUAAAAUUACCAUUGUCAUUGUCUGUGCCUCUGUAUAUAACUUUACGUCCUUCAAAUUCAGUUGUCAAUCCUCCUAAAAUGAGAAUGAAGAAACCCAAGACCUUCAGAGAUUUUGAAGAUGAACUAUCAACAAUACCUAAUAGUAGAGUGAGAGUAGCUCCUGAUGGAACUGUUUCUUUAUCAAAACAAGAAUCGAGUGCAAGUGAUGAAGAAGAACCAACUGACGAAAAAGAAGAGGUAUCAGAUAAUGAUGAAGAAUCUGAUAAUAAAGAAUAAAAGUGAAUUAAAACAGCAUUUUCAUUGUAGAUUUUAUUUGUAAUAUACUCCCAAUAAACAAAUAUAAGACUUUAAUAUCAAUUACUUAUUUAAUACAAACAACACUACUUUGCAUUUUGAGUGACACAAUUCUGUAAUUCAUUUGUACUAAUGAGUUUGUCAAUAGUGCUGUUUGAUGAAGUGGAAAUUAAAGAUAUCUGCAUUUUAACAGGCCAUACUUUCUUAAACUUUUUGAAGUCUCUCACAUUAUGAUUCUUUUCCUCUACAAGUUUAGGUUCCUUUUUUAUAAUCAAUUCUUUCUUUAUUGUCACUAUAGUAAUGCCUAAAUUGAGUUCACUCAUCUUCUCAUCUAAUUCUUCUUUUAUUGGUGUCUUAAAUUGAUUAAUUCUGUCAUUACUUAUUAACUUUUCAUUAUUUUUCAUCAACUCUUCAAGUUUUAUUCCUCUUAAAGAUGUCAAGUCUGCAUUAUUUGAUAUCAUACUUUUAGUAUUUUCAGUCAUUGUUUCAGAUUCUUUUGCCUUUUGAAUAUUUUCUGUGUCUCUAUCAUUAUCAAAAAGAUUGGAUUUGUUCAGAAAUGGUAUUUUUGGUUUAUUUGUCACAAAUUGAAAUGGAUCAUCUUCAUUAUCAUCAGAUUCAAGUUUCCGCUUUUGAGGUUUAAUUAAAUUCAGUGUUUUUGUGGAUGUCUCUUGAUGUUUGUCAGUAUAGUUAGUACUUACAGUACUUACAAAAUUAAAGUUAUCUUGACUGUCAGUAGAUUCAAAGUCAGAUGCCAUCUUUUUAAGAGGAUUGGUAUCAAUGUCAUCUUCAUUUAUUUUUCUCUUAACACCACUGUUAGAAGCAUCUUCAAUACAUUUAUCUAAAGCCAUUUUUUUCUGCACAUUUUCUUGAGCUUCAUAACCAUCACAGUUCUUCCGCUUCAUAUUAAUACAUUUUAUAUUUUCUGCACUGUUAAUAGUAGUUAAAGUUUCAUCAAUUACUACAUUUUCUCUGUGGGACUGAAUGUUUUGAUUAGAUUCUUGGGAUUCUUGUGCCAGCACAUUGUUUAAUUUAGUAUUUUGUUCAGAUUGUUUAAUUAUUUCAGCUGGGAAUUGAAAGUCAGGAUUGCAAUACUUUUCAGUAGAACAAUACAAUACAGCUAAACCUAUUUCAACAUCAGUAAUCAGCCUUUUGCCUUUACUCUUCAAAUAAUUUAAUAUUUCUUCAAUCAAAAUCUUUUGUGCCUGAGUCUCUUGUGAUGCAGCACUUAUAUUGUACUGUAUUACAAUAACAUUAUUUUCACAAAGUGCAGAUUUUGUCAUUUUACACUCGCUUAAUAACAGGGCAUUUGCAGAAGCAUUUGUUAAUACAGUUUUAUACAUUUCAAAUUGACGUUUUGAGAAAAAUAACACCCUUUUUCCAGAAAAUAAUGUCCGUCGUCGAUCAUUCGGCAAGAAUGUCACAUUCUCCUUAUUAAGGGUAGAUUCUAUAACUUGAGGGGUAUAGUUAUUAGGAUCUGGUAAUACUACCUGACUGUUCAAAGCUUCAAGGCUCUUGUUCCAAAAUUCUACUGUAACAAUAUGUGCACCUUGCACUAAUGCUAAAACAACUUUCAUAGUCAAAGUAAUAGCGGGCAUGGUGAGAUACUGACAAUUUUCGUCCCAUUCAUUCUUUAAUGUCCCCGAGAGAUUAUUUAAACAUUGUCUUAGAUUUUGCAAAUUUUCCCCUUUGAGUGUGGAUGUACAAGUAACAAACGACUUGAAGAACACUUUAAAAACACUAUUCAUUUUUCCAAAUUUAACAAUAUCUCCAUCCUUUAAUUUUAUCAUAGACUGACUUUCAACUUUAUCGUUGUUGUUAUUUAAGAACGUUCCAUACCUCGAACCCAAAUCUUGCAAAAACAAUUCACCAUUCAAGUUACAAAGAGUGGCGUGCUUUCGGCUGAUAGAAGGAUCAUCAGGUAUAACAAAACAGUUUAUUUGUGGGUCGGUAUUUCUUCCGAUUGUAAUUUCACUAUUUUUCCCAGCAAUAUAAAUAACUCUUUCAUCAUUUUCGUUUUGUAGAUACCACAUUUUGCAAGUUUAACAAAAAAGUUUACCAUAAAACCUACAAGAGUGAACACAGAGCACAGACCAUUAAGAGAACACACAGAGUCAAACACUUUUUUUUGUCAAUAUAUCCCUUUUGGGAAGGGCAAAGGUUUUUUUUUAUAUUAAGUUUUUAUGGCCUUGGUAUUUCUCAUAUUGGCCAGUCAUUAGUAGUACAGU